CACGUGAGCGGGUGGUUGGGGCUACUGCCAGCUGCCAGUCUGGGAACUAUCAGAGAUCACCCCGAGUACCCCUAAUUACUGUCUGAUAACUAUCCUGGUGGUGGAGCUGAGGCUGCGGUUCCCCGCGGCGUGUGCGCGCACAGAUGGGCCGUGUGGGGUUCCAUAACCUGUAUCCGGUCUCUGAGCUCCCCUAGAUCUGCAAAAGGUCUGAGGGUAUACCACAGCCAUGGCUCAGCCACUGGCUUUAGCCCUGGAUGUCCCAGAGACCACAGGGGAUGAAGAUAGCCCGGAGCCCAGCCCCUAUGAAGAGAGUGAGGUCCACGACUCCUUCCACCAGCUCAUCCAAGAACAGAGCCUUCGGGUGGCUGAGGAGGGGCUGGAGCUAAUGCCCUUGGCUCCGGGCAGAGGUUACCAGACCCUCCCAAGGCCCGAAGGCGGCCCUGUCUACAGCACGGCCACUCUCCGCAUCUUGGCUAGCAUGCCCAGCCGUACCAUUGGUCGGAGCCGUGGUGCCAUCAUCUCCCAAUACUACAACCGCACACUGAGGCUGCGGCGGCGCCGGAACAGCCGGCCCCUGCUGGGGAGUGUGACCCGAUCUGCCCGGCCCAGCCUUCGCCUGUAUGACCUGGAACUGGACCCCACGAUCCUGGAGGAGGAUAAGAAGCGGAGCCUGCUGGUGAAGGAGCUUCAGGGUCUGUCAGCGGCCCAGAGGGACCAUAUGAUCCGGAACAUGCCCCUGAGCCUGGGUGAGAAGCGCUGGCUGCGAGAGAAAAGUUGGAGCCCAAAGGGAAAGCGGAGGGGCCAGCGGGGCCCACAUGGGGCCUUGUCCUGCUGCAGCCGGCUCAGAUACACCUGCAUACUGGCUCUGCACAGCCUGGGGCUGUCGCUGCUCUCAGGCCUGUAUGCUGCCAGGCCGUGGCGCUAUGCUCUGAAGCAGAUCGGUGGCCAGUUUGGCUCCAGCGUCCUCUCCUACUUCCUCUUCCUCAAGACCCUGUUGGCCUUCAACGCGCUGAUGUUGCUACCUCUGCUGGCCUUCCUCGUGGGUGUGCAGGCUGCCUUCCCACCUGACCCAUCAGGCCCCGUCCCUGCCUUCUCUGGUCUGGAACUCCUCACAGGCGGGGGCCGGUUUACACACACGGUCAUGUACUAUGGCUACUACAGUAACGCCACGCUGAGCCAGUCGUGUGCCUCCCCGAGAGAAGGGGCCCCAUGCAGUCCCAGGCUGGGCAGCCUGCCCUAUAACAUGCCGCUGGCCUACCUGUUCACCGUGGGGGCAGCCUUCUUCUUCAUCUGCAUUAUUCUGGUAUACAGCAUGUCCCACUCCUUCGGGGAGAGCUACCGGGUUGGCAGUACUAAGGGCAUCCAUGCCCUUACUGUCUUCUGCUCCUGGGACUACAAGGUGACUCAGAAGCGGGCCUCCCGUGUCCAGCAGGACAGCAUCUGCACUCAGCUGAAGGAGCUGCUGGCCGAAUGGCAGCUGCGGACGCGCCCUCGGAGUACAUGCGGGCAGCUUCGGCAGGUUGUCGUUCUAGGUCUGGGAUGGCUGCUGUGUCUGGGGUCCACGCUGGGCUGUGCAGUGGCGGUCCUCACCUUCUCAGAGGUCAUGGUUCAGAGGCCUGCUGCUGGCAGCCAGGGGGUGGAGCUGCUGGCCCUGCCCCUGGUGGUCAGUGUCCUCAACCUGGGCGCCUCCUACCUGUUCCGUGGUCUGGCCGCCCUGGAGCGGCAUGACUCCCCUGUGUUGGAGGUGUACAUGGCCAUCUGCAGGAACCUCAUCCUGAAGAUGGCCAUCCUGGGUGUGCUCUGCUACCACUGGCUGGGCCGCAGGGUAGAAGCCCUGCAGGGCCGUUGCUGGGAGGACUUCGUGGGCCAGGAACUGUACCGCUUCAUGGUCGUGGACUUCAUCUUCGCCCUCUUGGACUCCCUUUUUGGCGAGUUGGUAUGGAGGCUCAUCUCAGAGAAGAAGCUCAGGAGGAGGCAGAAGCCCGAGUUUGACAUUGCGAGGAAUGUUCUGGACCUGAUUUACGGGCAGACACUGACGUGGCUGGGCGUCCUGUUCUCACCGCUCCUGCCCGCAGUGCAGAUUCUCAGGCUGCUCCUCCUCUUCCAUAUCAAGAAGGCGAGCCUGAUGGCCAACUGCCAGGCGCCUCGACGGCAUUGGAUGGCCUCACACAUGAGCACCGUCUUCCUCACCCUGCUCUGCUUCCCGUCAUUCCUGGGUGCAGCUGUUUUCCUCUGCUAUGCCGUCUGGCAGGUGAGGCCCUCAAGCACCUGCGGCCCCUUCCGGACUCUGAACACCAUGUACGAGGCAGGCACAGUCUGGGUGCGUCGCCUGGAGCGUGCCGGCCCUGGGGCCUCCUGGCUGCCCUGGCUGCACCACUUCCUGGUGGAGAACACGUUCUUCCUUUUUCUGGUGUCAGCCCUGCUGCUGGCUGUCAUCUACCUCAACAUCCAGGUGGUGAAAGGCCAACGCAAGGUCAUCUGCCUGCUCAAGGAACAGAUCCGGAAUGAGGGAGAGGACAAGAUCUUCCUGAUCAACAAGCUUCACUCUGUUUAUGAAGAGGAGGGAAGGAGCAGGUGUGGCAGAACCCAGGAGGGUACCAUACCACCUGCCCUGCCUGUGGAUGGAGGGGACAGAAAGGAGCCUUGCACCGCCACUCACCGUGACCCUGCAGGCAGACACUUGGACCUGAGAUCCCCACAGGACAUGGCAGUGGAGUGACUUUACAUGGGCAGCGCCCUCCGCUGGCUUUUUUUUUUUUUUUUUUUUUUUUUGAUCUGCACAGCCCUAGCUGUUUUUAACUAUGUAGACCAGGCUGGCCCUGAACUCAUAUUCACCUGCCUCUGCCUCCCAGGUGCAAGAACCAAAGGCUUGCCAUAUUCUGCCUGGCUUUCCCUUCCCCAACUUUGUAUUAUUCUGAUUAAAUAGGUUUUGCAAUA